AUGUGGAAGUACUUCACGCUGAACGGAAUGUACAAGUGGAUCGACGCGCUGUCGCUUUUAAUAUCCAAGUACAACGCUCGCAAGCAUCGGACCAUCGAGAUGCGUCCGAUCGACGUGACACUCGCUCGAGCGUUGAGACUCCUGUCGAUGGUGUACAGCCACCCGAAGAUCGCCGCUCCGGGAAAAUUUCGGCCGAACGAUCUCGUACGCCUGAGCAAGUACAAGACGCUGUUCGAGAAGGCGUACACGCCGAAUUGGACCGCGGAGAUCUUCCGCGUAGCCGAGGUGCGAAGGACGAGUCCUGUGACGUAUCUGCUGACGGAUUCACGCGGCGAGCCGAUAGCUGGAGGAUUCUACGAGCACGAGUUACAGCGAGUCUCCGAUCCCGACGUGUAUCUCGUGGAGAGAGUGCUGCGACAAAAGGGCGACAUGGUUUUCGUGAAGUGGCUGGGAAUGGACAAGUCACAUAAAUUCAUGGAUUAA